AUGGUUAUUGAUGACAAGAACCAAAAAGUAGUUGCCAUCGAUCAAGUAUACAAGGAUAAAGAUACAUUAAAAGUUGUGAUGGUGAAUUAUGCAAUUACGAACAGGUUCAACUAUCGGACAGAAAGGAGCAAUGUAAUAAGCUACACUCUUGUGUGCGUAUCAGGAGAGUGUGAUUGGAAAUUCAAGGCGUCAAGUGUCGGUAAGUCAGGAAUGUUUAGAGUUAGGGAGUUUCAAGACAAACAUACAUGUCCAUUAAAGGAAAAGGUUUAUUUCCAAUGCCAAGCUACAAGUCGGUUGAUAAGUGGGAUUGUCAAACCAAAAAUAUCAAAUCAUAAGAGGAAAUAUACGCCUAAAGACAUUGCGGAGGACGUCAAAUAUGAUUUUGGAAUGGAUGUGUCGUACAUGGUUGCUUGGCGGGCCAAAGAAAGGGCGAUGAACGAUUUAAUGGGUGAACCGGCUGAAUCUUAUAAAAGACUACCUGGAUAUCUAUACAUAUUGGAUAAGACUUACCCGGGUUCACAUAUUAGAAUGCUUAAAACCCGCGAAAAUGAAUUUCUGUAUGUUUUUAUAGCACUAUAUGCAUUUAUCAAAGGCUUUGAUUAUUGUCAGCCAAUUGUGGUGGUUGAUGGAAGCCACUUAAAAACACCAUACAAUGGAACAUUUGUCUCGGCAAGCACAUUAGACGGUGCAGGCAACAUACUUCCCUUAGCAUAUGGUGUGAUUGAUUCUGAGAAUGACAGAUCAUGGACGUGGUUUUUUUAG